AUGGCAGAUAUGUCAAUACCUUUCCACUCCCUCCGAUUCGACAAUACGCUGAGGGAGGAAAAUGGUGACCCCCAAAACAGCGGGAUGACCUUCGCUGGACCAGUAAUGGAGACCAGAGCAGAGGUCCAAGUUUUACAUUCUCACGUACAGCCUAUAGUCUCCACUUCAGUGUCCGACCCUGAAGGGAUGUCUGCACAGCUGAUGACAUCCCCAGCCUUUGACACCACGUCUGCACCUGUAACGGAAGCACCAGACUCUGGAGCACUGUCGCCAUCAGUAAUGCCAGGCUCCGACUCUGGGACACUGUCCCCACUGCUAAUGGCAGCUCCAGAUUCAGAAGCACUGUCCCCAUUGCUGAUGCCAGCCUCAGAUUCUGGAACACUGUCUCCAUUGCUGUCCACUUCAGACUAUGGAUUAAUAUCCCCGGGGUUGAUGACAAUUCCUGACUUUGGGACAAUGUCUGCAGCACUAAUGGCAGCACCACAUUCUGCAGAGAUAUCACCAUUGGCAAUGCCAGCUUCGUCCUCUGGAGCAAUGUCUACACCUAUAGUGAGCACUUCAUCCUCUGAAGCGACACCCACACCGUUGAUGCUGGCCCCAGAUCCUGGAGAGAUAUCCCCACUCCUGAUGCCCGACAUAAACCCUGGAGUGACGUCCACACAGCCCAUGUCAGCUCCAGGCUCUGAAGCAAUGUCACCUCUGCAAAUUACAGAUGAAGACACUGAAGCGAUGUCUCAAGUUCUAAUGACUGCUCUGGCCUCUGGAGAGAUAUCUUCACUGCUAAUGUCAGGCACAGACUCCGAAGCAAUAUCUUCACUGAUAAUGUCAGCCCUCGCUUCUGAAACAACGUCAACCCAGCCAAUGAGCACCCAAGACUCUGGGGAAGUGUCCACCCAGCUAAUGUCAGGCUCAGAUUCCGGAGUCGUGUCUUCACUGCUAGUGUCGGCUCCAGGUUCUGGAGCAAUGUCCACACCACUCCUAUCAGCUCCAGAUACCGGAGAAGUGCCCACAUUGCCAAAGCCAGCUCCGGAUGCUGAAGCAGUGUCCCCACUGCUAAUGACAGCCCUAACCUCUGGAGUGAUUCCCACGCAGCUGAUGUCAGCCCAAGACUCGGGACUGAUGUCCCCACAGUUCACACAGAAUCUAGACUCUCAAAUCAUGUCUACUCCACCAAUGAGAACGACAGCCUCUGGGGGGUUGUCCACAGCGCCAGUGAGAGCCCCUGACCCUGGAGCAAUGUCCAUACCGCAAAUGAGACCUCUGGCCUCUGGCAAUAUGGCUACAUUGCUAAAGACCGUUCCAGACUCUGGAACAUUGUCCACCCCACUGAUGACGGUCACAACUUCUGGAGCAAUGUCCACUGAGAAAAUGUCAACCACAGCCUCUAGAGUAAUGUCCUCACAGUUAACGAUGACCAGAACUUCUGGAGCAAUGUCUACAGGCUUUAUGAAAGCCACAGCCUCUGGGACAAUGUCCACCCUGCGAAUGAGACCCCUGGCCUCUGCGAUGACAUCUGCACCACUAAGGAGAGCCCCAGCCUUUGGAGCAAUGUCCACACAGCCAGUUACAGCCCAAGCCUCUGAAACAAUGACCACGCUACAACUGUCAUCCCCAGCCUCUGGGUCAAUGUCUACACUGCAAUUGAGAGCCCCUGUCUCUGGAGCGAUGUCUAUGUCACAAAGGAGAGCCACAGCCUCAGGAGUGACAGCUGUACCACAGUUGAGAGCCUCAGCCUCUGGAGCAAUGUCCACCCCACUGAUGACAGCCAAAGCCUCUGGAGCAAUGUCUACACUGGUAAUGAGAGACAGGGCCCCAGGAGUGAUGUCCUUGCCGCAAAUGAGAGCUACGGCCUCGGGAGCAUUGUCCAAGCCACUAAUGACAUCCAAAGCCUCAGAAGCCAUGUUCAUGCAGCAAAUGACAGCCACAGCUUCUGGAGAGAUAGCCACAAUGCUAAUGAGAGACACAGCUUCUGGAGCUAUGUCCGUGCGGCAGAUGACAGACACUGCCUCUGCAGGGAUGUCCACACCACUAAUGAGAGCCCCAGCCUCUGGAGACAUGUCCACACCACAAAUGACAGCUGCACCUUCUGGAACUGUGUCCAUGCCUCUAAUGGGAGCCCCAGACCCCGGAGCAAUGCCCACAGCGUUAAUGAGAGCCACAGCCUCUGGAAAGGUGCCCAGUCAGCCACUGAGCACCCAAGACUCUGGAGGGAUGUCCAUGUCUUUCAUGAGAUCCAGGAUCUCAGGAGGGAUGUCCCCACUGGAGAUGCAAACCCCAGCCUCUGAAAUGAUGUCCCCACCAAAAAUGAGAGCCCCGGCCUCUGGGGUGAUAUCCACACCACUAAUGAGAGCCCCAGACCCUGGAGAGAUGUCGGCACUGUUCACAAGAGCUUCAUCCUCUGGACAGAUAUCCCCACCACUAAUGAGAACCCCAGUUUCUGGAGAGAUAGCCACAUCCCUGAGAGUCCCAGCUUAUGGGACAAUGUCUACUCCACACAUGACAGCUACAGCCUCUGGAAUGAUGCCCAUGCCACAGAUGAGGGCUCCAGUGUCUGGAGCAAAGCCCACACCACUAAUGAGAUCCGCAGCUCCUGGAGCGAUGUGCAUGCCUCACAUGACAGCCACGGCCUCUGGAGGGGUAUCCGUGCCACUGAGGAGAAGCCCAGCCUCUGGAGCAACGUCCACACCACAAAUGAUGCCCACAGCUUCAGGAGAGAUGUACACACUACCAGUGCGAGCUCCAGCCUCUGGAGUAAUGUCCCCGCCACUAGCAAGAGCCCCAGUCUCUGGAAUGACGUCCACACCACUAUGGAGACCUUCAGCCUCCGAAGCCAUAUCCACAGAGUUAUCGAGAGGUCCAGUGUCUGGAAAGAUGUCCACCGCACAAAUGACAGCCAUGGCCUCUGGAGGGAUGCCCAAGCCAUUAAUGAGAGCCACAGCCUCUGGAACAAUGCCCAUGCCAUUGAUGUCAGCCAUGGCUUCUGGAGACAUGUCUGUGCCGCUAAUGAAAAGCAUGGCCUCUGGGGCAGUGUUCACGCUGCAAACGAGAGUCACGAGUUCUGGAUCUAUGUCCUUGCCACAUACAACAUACACAACUUCCGGAGGGAUGCCUGCACCGCCAGUGAGAGCCUCAGCUUCUGGAAUGAUGUCCAUGCCACUUCUGAGAGCCACAGCCUCUGGAGGGAUGGCCAUGCCACAAAUGACAGCCAUGGCCUCUGGAGGGGUGUCCAUGCCGCCAAUGAGGACCCCAGUCCCAGGAACCAUGUCCACACCACAAAUGGCAGCCACACCCUCUGGAAUGAUGUCCACUGUGGAAAUCAAAGCCACAGACUUUGGAGAAACAUCUGCCUCUCACAGCAAUGUCACAGCCUCUGGAUCAAAGUCCACACCACACAUGGCUGCCCCAGCCGCUGAAACAAUGAACCCACCACCAAAGGAAGUCCCAUCGUUUGGCAUGCUGACCCCAGCACUCUGUUACCUCUUAGAGGAACAGGAAGCAGCCCGGGGUUCAUGUUCUGUGGAGGAGGAGAUGGAGAUUGAUGAGGAGAAACAAAUGAAGGGCUUUUUGAAUGACUCAGAAAAAAUGGCGUUUCUGGUGUCUCUUCAUCUGGGGGCAGCAGAGAGGUGGUCCAUCUUGCAGAUGGAGGUAGGAAACCCCCUCUCAGAUGAAAAUAAAUCUUUCCUGAGCAGAUCACAGGGCUUGUAUGACUCCCUAUCCGAGAUAGACAUCCUCAGUGCUGUUCUUUGCCACCCCAAGCAGGGCCAGAAGUCAGUCAGGCAAUAUGCCACCGACUUCCUGCUGCUGGCCCGACAUUUGUCUUGGUCUGAUGCCAUUCUACGGACCAGGUUUCUGGAAGGGCUCUCGGAAGCUGUUACCACCAAAAUGGGCCGGAUCUUCCUGAAGGUGGCCGGCAGCCUAAAGGAGCUGAUAGACAGGUCUCUCUACACUGAGUGCCAGCUGGCUGAAGAGAAGGAUUCCCCGGGCAGGUCAAGCCAGGUUCUGCUGUCAGCCUGUAAGCGGAAUAAUGAGGAGGCGAUGGAGAAUGAACUGAACUCUUAUCAGCAGACUGAGGAGCACCAGCAUGUUCCUAAACGCUGUUACUACCUGAAAGAGCAUGGAGACCCUCAAGAGGGUCUGCAUGACCACCUCCGACAGAGCACAGGCCAUCACAAGGCCCCUACCAACAAGUAAUUCUUUCUGGAAUCUUCUACUGUGAUGUCUGACUCCGCUGCUAACUUGAGGACUGGUUCCUGGACCCAUUCCAUUCAAUUACAUCAUAAACCUUGUGGCCUUCCCCCUACAGCCUCCCCCUCCAGGCACAUCCCACCUAACUCCCAGUUGGUUGGCUUGACCUUCUCUUUUACCCUACAUGCCUGUG